UGGGGAUUGUCCCACAGCCGGCCGUGCCCCGCCGCGCUACGCUUGUAUUUAGUUUUCAUCAGUUUUUUUUUAAAUCAGAAAGUUACUUUUAAUUUUAUUUUUUUUUUCUUUUUUUGUGUGCCGAAACUUUUGCGCCGCUGAAGGAGGCGGGAUGGGGAGGAAGGUGUUCCUGGCCGUCCUCUACCUCUGCCUGCGCUGGGUGCCUGCUCUGGGCGAAGCUGAAAACAAUUUCGAGGGAAUCGAGAGCAAGUUUUCCUUACGGACGCCUGCAGAGCCCGAUGAGGAUGUCUGCUACCUGGUGCCUGGGCAGCUGAACAGCCUGGCACAGUGCAACUUCAAUCACACCAGCAAAACCUUUGUGGUGAUCCACGGGUGGACGGUGACAGGGAUGUAUGAAAGUUGGGUACCAAAGCUUGUGGCUGCUCUGUACAAGAGGGAACCUGAUUCAAAUGUCAUUGUGGUGGACUGGCUAGUUCGAGCUCAGCAGCACUACCCAGUGUCUGCUGCAUACACCAAGCUGGUGGGAAAGGAUGUUGCUACAUUUAUUGACUGGAUGGAGGAGCAAUUCAAUUAUCCUCUCAACAAAGUCCACUUGCUGGGGUACAGUCUAGGUGCUCACGCUGCUGGGGUUGCUGGGAGCUUGACCAAGAAGAAGGUGAACAGAAUUACUGGGCUGGAUCCAGCUGGUCCUACCUUUGAGUAUGCUGAUGCCCCUACCCGCCUCUCCCCGGAUGAUGCUGAUUUUGUGGAUGUCCUACACACCUACACUCGAGGCUCUCCAGACCGCAGUAUUGGGAUCCAGAAGCCUGUUGGACACAUUGAUAUUUAUCCCAAUGGUGGGGGUUUCCAGCCAGGUUGCAACUUUGGAGAAGCACUCCGUCUGAUUGCUGAAAAAGGCUUUGGAGAUAUGGACCAGCUGGUGAAAUGCUCCCAUGAACGAUCCAUUCACCUCUUCAUUGACUCCCUUCUCUAUGAAGAAAAACCCAGCAUGGCCUAUCGCUGCAACACAAAGGAGGCCUUUGAGAAGGGUCUCUGCCUGAGCUGCCGCAAGAACCGCUGCAACAAUUUGGGUUACAAGGUCAACAGAGUGAGAACAAAGAGAAACACCAAAAUGUACUUGAAGACCCGUGCUCAGAUGCCCUAUAAAGUCUUUCAUUACCAAGUCAAGAUCCAUUUCUUUGGAAAGACUAAUACGACUAAGACAAAUCAGCCAUUCCUGAUCUCUCUCUAUGGCACUCUAGAUGAGAGUGAGAAAAUUUCUUUCACACUGCCUGAAGUCUCCUCAAACAAGACCUUCUCCUUCCUGAUUUACACAGAAGUGGACAUUGGGGACCUGCUUAUGCUGAAGCUGCAGUGGGAGAAAGACACUUUGUUCAGCUGGACUGACUGGUGGACUCCUUUUACAUUUGACAUCCAGAGAGUCAGAGUGAAGUCAGGAGAAACUCAGAAAAAAGUGGUGUUCUGUUCUCGAGAUGGCACCUCACGUCUCAGUAAGGGAGAAGAGGCAGCAAUAUUCGUGAAGUGCUCGGAGCAGCCCGUCAACAGGAAAAGAGGAGGUGCCAAGAAAGCCUCUAAAGAAAAUUCUGCUGAAGAAUCUGCCUAAGUGACAAGAAUAAAGAUUUUUCCGUGCUGGGGAGGAGGAGAGUCUGUUCAUCCCUGUGGACUGGAUGUUCAGUACCAAAUAUAUAGAAAUAUUUAUCCGCUGCUGGCUUUUUGCCUGCUAUUCCUAGCUAUCUUAAGAGACUUCUUGUAAGACAGUCUCAGCAUACAAAGUUACUAACCAUAAAGAUACAUUAUCCAAAUAGUAUGAAACAAAAACAAACCUGCAAAACAACUUGCCAAAGUCUUGAAGUGCUGAAAAGAAAUAAGUAAUUCUGCUUAAUCAUGGUGCCUUGUGACAGGGUUUCUUGACAUCAGAUCCUCUGUAGCAAUUUUCUAGUAUUUAUUGAAAAAAAACAAAGCCCUGUACCUGUGGUGGUUGGUUUAAUUUUUUUGUUUUGUUU